AAUUUUAUUUAUAUUUCUUUAAAAAAAGUAUAUAUAUUUUUUCAAAUACAAGGAAUAUCAAUGUCUUUUGAUCUUUUCCCUUUUUUAAUUAAAAAGUAAUGUGUUUAAGAGAGAGGCAUCGGUGGUGCUGAUUCUAAUGAGACUGUGAGAACAUUCUCAGCUUGGCUUUUUGUGUAUAGUUUGUGUUGCUGCUGGGUUGGAAGGCAAAAUGAGAACAACUGUUAAUGGGUGAUUUUAGCGUUGGAUCGGAACUCGGAAGGGUUGGUUUCUUUAACUCAUUCACUGUGUUGACUGUUGAGUGCAGUGGUGGUUUUGCUCUGCCAGGUGCAAUGCUGAUACAGGAAGUACAAGAUUAUUGAGCCCACUAAUAUUAACUCUAAAGAAGAUCGACUUCGGUACAGUUGGGAGGUGGAGAAGUUUCGUUGGGUUUUACUUAUCAUCUUGCUUGUAGGUUCUCAACGGAGGAACAACGGUGAAAGAAAAAUUAAGAAGGAAUGUGGAUUGUAUUCUAGGGUCUGGAGCUCGAAAAACUGCAGAUGAGAAGAAGUCUUGGUGAUACUGGAUCUUUUCCUGUUGAUACAUUAAAGUGGAGGCUUAAUAAACAAUAAAAGGAGAACCAUAAACAAAUGAGGAAGGGGCGGUGGUGUCAGGUUUGUGCUUGUGGGUGUCUCUGGUCUGAGAAUUAUUUAGUGUUGAGAGCCUGUUGGCAGUGUCUCCUGGGCUGACCGUUUGCGCCCGGGGUCCGUGGGCUCUGCCGUCGACAGAGGAAACAAGCUCUUCUUUGGGUCUUUUGCCAUUGAAGAGAAAUCCGUCUUAAAAAAUUACAUACCUCGUUUACUCUUCCUCUCUGUCAUUUUACUCCUGCCUCGGUUCAUGCGAUAAGAUUCGUUCCUUCCCCGUAAGAAUAUAUCCUUCACCUUUGAUCCAACCUUCCUUCCCUUGAAGCCAGGAGAAUCGGUCAAAAAAUUCACAGUAUCCAUUUCUUACACUUAGCCUUUUCUUGUUCAUUACUGGUCUUCUGCUGCCUCUUUUUUUUUUUCGCUGGAUAUGGGCGACGGUGACGGCCAGGAAGGUGGUUUAGUUAAUUAAGAACUGUGAGAAGCUUGCUUUGGAAUCUCGAAGUAGAAGCUGUAUCAGAUCUUUUCCCUGCAAAAAUGAAGUUUAUGAAACUUGGAUCAAAGCCAAAUUCAUUUCAAACUGAAGGGAGCAAUGUUAGGUAUGUAGCAACUGAGUUGGCAACUGAUAUCAUUGUUAAUGUUGGUGACAUGAAGUUUUAUCUACAUAAGUUUCCCCUUUUGUCCAAGAGUGCUCGUUUGCAGAAGUUGGUAUCGAAUACAAAUGAGGAAAACAAUGAUGAAAUCCAUAUCCCUGACAUUCCUGGUGGACCUGCAGCUUUUGAAAUAUGUGCCAAGUUUUGUUAUGGUAUGACAGUCACCCUUAAUGCUUACAAUGUCGUUGCAGCUCGUUGUGCAGCAGAGUACCUGGAGAUGCAUGAAACUAUAGAGAAAGGAAACUUAGUCUAUAAGAUUGAUGUCUUCCUAACCUCCAGCAUCUUCCGCAGUUGGAAGGAUUCGAUAAUAACUCUUCAGACAACAAAAUCUCUGCUACCUUGGUGUGAGGAGUUGAAGGUGGUAAGCCACUGUAUCGACUCUAUAGCUUCCAAGGCUUCCAUUGACACUUCCAGGGUUGAGUGGUCCUACACAUAUAACCGCAAAAAGCUCCCAUCAGAAAAUUGGACUGAUCCUGACUGGAAGGGUGUCAGGAAAUAUCAGGUGGUGCCAAAGGACUGGUGGGUUGAGGACCUUUGCGAGCUUGAAAUUGAUUUCUACAAGAGGGUUAUAGUAACUAUCAAAACUAAAGGGAAAAUUUCCAAUGAUGUAAUUGGGGAAGCUCUAAAAGCAUAUGCAUUUAGAAGGUUACCAGGUUUCAGCAAGGGCAUGAUCCAAGGGGGUGAUGCCAUAAAAAACCGGUCUUUGGUGGAGACCAUUGUAUGGCUAUUGCCCACAGAUAAAGGCAGUGUCUCCUGUAGUUUCAUGCUCAAGCUCCUAAGAGCACUUGUCUCUCUGGAUUCUGGAGAAAUGGGGAAGAGAGAGCUGGUGAAGAGAAUUGGACGACAGCUAGAGGAGGCCUCAGUACCUGAUCUUUUGAUUCGAGCUCCAGGGGAUGAAACUACAAUUUAUGAUGUUGAUAUAGUACAAAACAUUGUGGAGGAGUUUGUGAUGCUGGAUCGGAGUGUUCACACUGACCUUCCAGUAGCUGAAGAACUUAAAGAGAUUAAAAGCCCAAGGUUUGUGUCUGAUGCUUCCAAGCUUUCUGUGGCAAAGCUUGUGGAUGGCUACCUUGCAGAAAUUGCGCGUGAUCCCAAUCUUUCUCUGUCAAAGUUCAUAUGCCUUGCUGAGAUGGUAUCAAGCUUCUCAAGGCCACACCAUGAUGGGCUUUACCGUGCAAUUGACAUGUAUCUCAAGGAGCACCCAGCAAUCAGCAAAAGUGAGAGGAAGAAGAUAUGCAGGCUGAUGGAUUGCAAGAAACUAUCAGUCGAUGCCUGCAUGCAUGCUGUACAAAAUGAGCGACUCCCCCUGCGUGUAGUUGUGCAGGUCCUCUUCUUUGAGCAGGUCAGGGCUGCCACAUCUGCUGGUGGCAGAACAGCUGAACUGUCUGGGAAUGUCAGGACUUUACUACCACAGGAAAAUGGCGGGUCCCAUGGGAGCUCAAGAUCUGCAACAACUAACACGGAGGACUGGGACGCUGUCCCAACAGCUGAAGAGCUCAAAGCCCUAAAAGGGGAGCUUGCUUCCUUGAGGUUGGAGGGUGGAGGUAGAGGAAGCAACAGACAUGGAAAUGAUGAUAAAAGUACGAUUGACAAAGCAGCAGCUAAUAAGAUUAGAGGGUUGCUCAUGUCCAAGAAGAUAUUUACUAAGCUGUGGUCAAGCAAAGGGGGACAGAGUGAGAAUAGCAGUUCUGAUACAUCUGACAGUCUGGGUUCUACCAACAACCCGGAAGAUACCAAGUCCACACCUUCCAGAAGCAGGAGACAUUCAGUAUCUUAGUAAGAAGAGAGAGGGUUGUGCGGGGUGGCCUCCCACUGUUGACGUUAGGAAAGUUGUAACUACUGACAUUUCCAAUUGACGGGGUGAAAGAAGGUAGUGCUCACUAGGAAUCAGAACCAAAGAGCAUGUGGCUUAUGGCUAGACAGUGGAAUUGAUUCAUGGUUAGUUCUUUUGUUCACUUCAAGGAAAUAGGGAGGUUUUUCUUUCCUUUUUGGUGUACCAUAAGUAAAUGAAAUGUUAUACUAUCAGUUUAUCUUCAUUAGCGCCCCUAUUUUCUUUGUUCUGUA